CGGCCCCUCCCGCCCGGCACUCGGAGCCGGAGCCGCCUGGCGCACGCCCUGCCCACCUGGCUGCCCACCUGGCGGGGCCGGAACGCUGCCGCCUCCUGCAGGGCCGCACAGGAAGUGGGGGGGCGGGGACAGGGAGGGACCGAGCGGUCGGGACAGAGCGCGGGGCCUGCAGAGCCUGGAGGUGGACCGGCCCCACGUCGGCCGCCGAGCUCGUAGCUCCGUGUCCUCCGCCCCGCGGCGCAGGUCCCUGUGGCCACUCAGCAUGUCCCAGCAGCACUCGGACAGCUCCUUGGAGGAGAAGCACCUGGAAUACCGCUUCCACUCGGAGCUGCAGCUCGACACCAAGGGAAACCCAGCGUCCGGGCUCCCGAUGGUCCGGGGCUCCCUGCAAAGCAGGAGCAAUGCCGCCUUCCAGCCCGACAGCCCAGUGCCCCCGUCGCCGUCCCCUGAGGCCCAGGAGCUGAGGACCAUCGUCCUGAGCACGCAGAGCCCGGCAGCCCUCAAGAUGGGCACUCAGCAGCUGAUCCCCCGGAGCCUGGCUGUGUGCAGCAAGGCUAAGACCCCGGCCCGCCAUCAGAGCUUUGGGGCGGCCAUGCUCAGCAAAGAGGCUGCCCGGCGGGACCCCCGGCUCCUCUCGGCCCCCAGCUUCUCCCUGGACGACAUGGACGUGGACACGGGUCCUGGGGGGAUGCUGAGACGAAAUCUGAGGAACCAAUCCUACCGGGCAGCCAUGAAGGGGCUGGGGACCCCCGGCGGCGAGGGCGGCCCCAUCCAGCUCAGCCCCAAGAUCCCUGCUCUGGCCGAGGAGCCCAGCCAGCCUCCUGCUCGGUCCGCGGCCAAAAAUAAGAAGACGCUGGGGCGGAAACGCGCACACAAGGGCUCCUUCAAGGACGAUCCCCGGUUCUACCAGGAGAUCCAGGAGCGAGGCCUGAACACCAGCCACGAGUCCGACGAUGACCUGCUCGAUGAGUCCUCCAGCCCUGAGGGAACCCGAAAGGUGGAUGCCCACAUCGUGGUCAAGAGCUACCGGCCCCCCCAGGUCACCUGGAGCCAGCUCCCAGAGGUGGUGGAGUCGGGCAUCCUGGACAAGCUGCCCGCCGAGGAGCACAAGAGGCAGGAGGCCAUCUUCGAGAUCCUCACGUCCGAGUACUCGUACCAGCACAGCCUCGGCAUCCUGGUGGCCGAGUUCCUGCAGUCCCCGGAGCUUCGGGCGACCAUGACCCAGACAGAGCACCACCACCUCUUCUCCAACAUCACGGACGUCCUGAGCGCCAGCAGGAGGUUCUUCGAGGACCUGGAGCAGCGGCACAAGGCUCAGGUGUGCGUGGAGGACAUCAGUGACAUCCUGGAGGAGCACGCCGAGCGGCACUUCCACCCCUACGUCUCCUACUGCUCCAACGAGGUCUACCAGCAGCGCGCCCUGCAGCGGCUGACAAGCAGUAGCGCUGCCUUCCGAGAGGCCCUGAGGGAGAUCGAGCAGCGGCCCGCGUGCGGGGGUCUGCCCAUGAUCUCCUUCCUGAUCCUGCCCAUGCAGAGGGUGACCCGGCUGCCCCUCCUGACGGACACACUCUGCCUCAAGACUCAGGGCCACCCCGAGAGAUACAAGGCCGCCAGCCGUGCGCUCAAGGCCAUCAGCAAGCUGGUGAAGCAGUGCAACGAGGGGGCCCACAAGAUGGAACGCACGGAGCAGAUGUACACGCUGCACACACAGCUGGACUUCAGUAAGGUCAAGACGAGCCCAUCCUUGUGCUGUCCUGCGCCUGCCCCAGCAGCAACUCGGCCCGUCCGGCAAAGUGGGAGCUGCUCUCUGGAAUCGGGGCCUGGAGGCAGCCUCUGCCCCGCUCCACUGCCCUGCUCUCCCCUCCCCCCACUGGCCUGGCUGCAGCAGAGCCCCGUGGGCCGGCCGGUGGGCAGGAGACUCGGAGGGUCCCUGGGGCAGCUCUGUGGGCCCAGCCUCAGCUUAUCAUCAAUCAGGCUGAGCUGCUGACCUCCAGCCCCCAGAGGUGGCCCGGCAGGCCGGAGCCAAUGGGAAAUGGUGCCGUGGGCGGGGCCGGAGGGCCGUGCAGGGAGGGCACAGAGGCUCGGACAAGGGCAGCAGGCUCCUUGGGGUGAGUCAGGGUGGCUUCACAGAGAAGGCGUUUGGGUGAUGACGGCCACGGCGCCACUGAGCCCACACCCUUGGCCGGGGUCUUGAGCCCCUCCUCGGCCGGGCAGCAGAUGUCACGUUUGGGGUGAAAUACGCCCCCGACCAGAGCAAAGACCCAACCCUGGGCCUGGCUGACCCCUGAGCAGGCCUCUCACCCCUCUACCCCCAUGUCUCGAAACUGGAGGGCAUGAGGGCAGGAGAGCAGCUGGCCCAGGUCGGGGUGCGGGGACUCAGAGCCCCAGGAGGGGUGGGGUGUCCAGUGGGGCGUGUCAGGGGAGCAGAGGCUGGUGGGCAGGGCCUCCUGGCUCCCUCCCCACCAAGCCUGCCCUGCCUGCCCCUCCCCUUCCAUCUUGACACGCCAGAGUGCCAGCCUUGCUGGCGGGAGGCUGUCUGAGCACCGGCCAUGGCGACACGGGACCCACGUCCUUAGCCGGGCCUGUUCUGCCUUAGCCGGGCCCGUUCUCUAGGCCGCGGAAGGGGAGGGAGCUCCGUUUGCAGCAAAGGCCCCUGGAUGCCAGAUGUGGCCCCGCAGAUGUGAGGUGGGCCCCCUGCUUGGUGUGAGGUGGGCCAGGAGGCUUCCCAGAGCAGCCUUCGCCCCCUGGUUUGAGGGGAGCCCUCGGUAGGUGCCCUGUGGGCCCCUGGGCCUGGCUGGAAGCAGGACAGGCCUGUCCUGGGUUGCUGCGCAGGGUCUGGGCCCGGGCCAGGCACAGAGCAGCCGCCCCCUGAUCUCCUGUCCACGGCCUGAACAGCCCUUUGUCUGCGGCCUGGACAGCCACUCUCCCUUCCUCGGUGCAGCCCAGGGAGGCCUGGGCACCCUGUUCCCAGAGGCAGGGCUCAGUCCCCGUGGCUGCACAUCCCGGCCACCCCCCGGGACUCAUCCCUGUCCCCGCUCUGCCCCAGUCCCUCCCACUGAUCUCUGCUUCCCGCUGGCUGCUGAAGCGCG